AUGAAUACUGGGCCUGCUUUAGCUUCAAUCUUAAGAACUUUGUAAUUGAGAUAGAAUCGUAAUUCUGAAUCCUAAAAUAAUGAAGAAAAUGAAGAUCUCACAACAAUAGAUAUGGCUAGAAUGCUAAGAUAAUAUCAAAGGCAACGAGAAACUUAGCAAAUGCAAGAUAAUGAAGAUGAUGAUGAAGAAAAAUCUGAAGAGGAAGAGCCAAAUAAUGAAUACUCUGACAGAAUUCAACUAGAUAUCACUUUACCUAAGGAGUGGAUAGAAAUAGAGGAAUAAAAUUCUGAUAUUGCUAAUGAGAUUAACAAGUAGCUUGGGCCUUUAGGAGUUCUGAUAUUUUAAAGAAUCCAGAAAUUAGGCAUUUUUAAAACUUUAGACUUGAGCUCAAUAAUGUUUUUAAAGCCAGUUUUAGAUUACUAUGAGACCAAUCUUUAAAAAGCUUCUACUGUUAAGAAAUCAAGGGACAAUUUAGAGGUGCUUCUAAGUGUGAUUCCUUCUAUCAAGCAACUCAAGAUUGGUUUGCAAAAUAGACAUCCCAAAGAAAAUAUAAUCUACAGACUAGUUUUAGAGGUGUUAGCUUUAUCGUAUUAAGACAAACUAAUGGUGAAUAACAAGUGGGUGUUUUAAGAUUCCAAGAAAGUGGUAAAGAAUCUUAUAUUAAGCUUUAUGAGGAAGAUCUAUUAGCCAUAGAUAACUAAACUUGUGGAUCAAGAAGUAAGAACUAUUAUCUCUGAAUCUUUGGGCGGCAAUAGGAAUCAAAGAUGA